AAAUUUUGAAAAUGGCAGAAUUUAAUGAGAAAUCUUUCAAGUUGAAACAGCAAGAAGAGGUUCAGAAUUCACCUCAGGCUGGUAUUCACAGGUGUGAGAAACCUAUCGGUCAAAUUGGAGUUCAGGAGAGAUCUCCAGUUUGCUGGUCUCCCGAUGGAAAUCAGCUGUGCUAUGUCAAUGCUACUCAUGGUCUGAUCAUUUGCGAGAUUGAUAAAGCCUCCUCUCAUUUCGUUCAAAAGAUGAUCUUGACCGGCCAUCAUCAUACGGUUCGCGCUUUACUUUACCACCCUACCCAGGAUCUCAUUGUAUCUUCUGGUUCGGAGGGAGUGUUUGUGUGGGAUCUGCAGAGUGCUACUUGUAUCAAGGAAAUUAACGAGACCACUGACAAGCUUGCCAACGAGGGUGAAGUGACUUGCUUAUGUUGGUUGUACAAUGGAACCAUUCUUGCUACCGGAGGCCGCGAUUCGACCAUUCGUCUCUGGGACGUGAGUGGCAAUUUCCGUUAUCUUGAGACCAUCUCUGCCCACAAGAGCAGUGUGAAUACGAUGGUGUUCUGCGAGUCGCACGAUUACUUGGUCACUGCUGGUCGCGACAGCUCGAUCAAUCUAUGGGGCACGUCUUCUCUGUCUCCGGAGAAUCUCUACAAGCGCCUUGAUAACCAAGGCAUAGUCUGUCCGCUGCUCGCUUCGAUGGACGGCCAUUUGGGAGACGUGAGUAUUCUCGCCAUCUCGGAAGACGGCGAGUACAUCUUCAGCGGCGCUCGCGACAACUCGAUUCGUGUGUGGAGCUUCAAUGCGCGCAAGUGCAUUCGAGAGAUCAAGGAUCAAAACAACAUGAUGAGCACCCACAAGGGAGACAUUUCCGGCCUGUUCGCCUGCGGCUCGAUGUCGCAUCUGGUGUCGACCUCGAUGGACGGAUCGAUCCAUGUCUACAAACUGGGGUCCAUGGCGGUCACGAACUCGCUGGACGAUGAUAUGAGCGCCCUUUCCCUGGACGAACUCCUCAAAGGCUUCAGUGACGAUCAGAACGUUGCGGUGGCCGCGAACGAUCAGCUUGUGGCGAUCUUCAAGAUCUUCACGAGCAAGGGAAUCGCCUGUGCGUCGAUGCCUUCCAACAUGCAGUACAUCGCGGUCAGCAGCGGCGGCAAUUGCAUCCGCAUCUACAGCAUCUCCAUCCCCGAGCUGCAGCUGCUUCAUCUCCAAGAGUUCAUCGGCCAUUCCGACUCUGUGAAUGGCGUUGCGCCCAUCAACGACGACACCAUCGUGACGGUUUCCAGUGACUACACGGUCAAUGUGUUCAAUAUCGAUAGCGGAGUGCGGCUUAUGUCCUUCACCGCGCCCUCUGCGCUCUCCUCUGUGGCCACGGCGGACGGCAUUAUCUUCGCCGCGGGAAAGGACUACGCGAUCCACACAUACUCCACGGAGUAUCUUCGAUUCUACGGAGGCAUCGAGAAGGAAUGCCACGCUGCGAACCGAGAAGUGACCGACGAAAUGUUCGAUCUCUGCCGCUUCGUCGGCCACUCGGGCAAGAUCCGAUCGAUCGCUUUCAACAAAGCAUGGGACACGCUGUUCUCCGCUUCGGAGGAUGGAAGCGUGAUGGUCCACGUUCUCCCCGAGCUGCAGGUGAAGAGCCUCAUGGACGGCGGUGCCGAGCCUCUGGAGGAAGAGUACACGUACAAGAUCGAAGACCACACGGGCGUGGUGCUGGACGUCGCUCUCUCCGACGACUUCGGCGACUACUACUACAUGGCCAGUGUGGGAAACGACUACACUCUGAACGUCUACCAAAUCGAUAAAAGGCACCACUCCUUGUUCUCGAUCGAGUCUGCGCACGACUGCGUGAUUCCCUGCGUCACGUUCGGCCAUGCCUCGUCGAACUCCAUGAUCUUCACCGGUGGCUGGGACCAUUUGAUCAAGGUCUGGAGCCUGGAGGGAGAGCUAAUGAAGGAGCUUCAGGGACACAUGGAGCGAAUUACCGACCUCUGCGUGAGCGAUAAUGGAAUAUAUCUGGCGAGUGCGUCGGCAGAUAAGACCAUCUGCAUCUGGAACAUUCCGCAGGAUUUCAAGCUCGAGAAGGUCUUUGCCUGCUCUGAUGAGUGCGAAGCUCUCUGUUUCUUAGGAGACAAGCUUGUGGCUGCGUAUCUCACGGGAGUCGUCCGAAUCUGGUCCCUGGACGAAUCGUAAGAAGUUAGAUCCUUUGUAGUGAACGUGUGAA